GUUGUCCCACCGUGAGCCGUUUCCUCACCUCCAGCCGCGGAGGGCGCAUCUUCAAAGGGGGGAGAGUGCACCUCAGCAGGGGGCGGAGCCUGGAGAGACUCAAGACGCAAAGCAUAUCAGACAGUUUGUCACUGCUGAGAAUGCUGCUUACCUGUGCGCCAAAACAUGCUGUGCUCGCCUCACCUGGAUCGCCUGCGAUGGAGAAAAGCAAAUGAAUUAUGAUGAGGAUAUUAUUUUUCUCUAGGUAUCUUUCGACGAAGGGAAGAAGCAGCAGAUCUGAGCUGAGGCAAAGUUUCUUCAAACAGGGGGCAUUUAUUCCAAAAAGAAAAUAACAGCAGCAGCAGCUCCAGGGGCAAACAGGUUUUAUCAACGCUAACAGUCCCAGCAUGUGGUAAUCUUCUCAGCUUUACCCAAAAAAUAGUGAACAACACUUUGAGCUGCUGACCUCCUCAACAAUCCUGUGCCUGCACUAGCUGAUCUCAUGGCCCACCCUUAUGAGCCCUGGUUACGGACAGCACCACCUAGUGGCAGCUCUGAAGACAUGAACAUACCUUCCUGGUGGGACCUCCACAGGGACGUCCAACCAGGGAGCUGGAUAGACUUGCAGACGGGUCAGGGUGUAGGUUUGCCCUCAGUUAGUCCAGGGACUUCCAUGGGGUUGCAGCCCUCUUUAGGGCCUUAUGGCUCUGACCCACAGCUGUGCACCCUGCCUCCGGCUCAACACGCUCCAGCCACACAUUCAUCUCACCUCUUUCCCCAAGACGGCUUCAAGAUGGAACCACUGGGGCCUGAAAUACUGCAGCAAGAACCAUUCUCCUUGGAGGAACCACAGGAGACCUCUGUCGCAACCCGCCCUAAGCCUCAACGCCGCUCCUCUUCCAGAGGUGCCGGUCAGGCUGUGUGUCGCUGCCCAAACUGUGUCCAUGCUGAACAGCUGGGCCAGAGCACUGAUGACAGCAGGAGGAAGCACAUGCACAACUGCCAUAUCCCUGGCUGUGGCAAAGCCUAUGCGAAGACCUCCCAUCUGAAGGCUCACCUACGAUGGCACAGUGGGGACCGGCCGUUCGUCUGCAACUGGCUCUUCUGCGGCAAGAGAUUCACACGCUCUGAUGAACUGCAGCGCCAUCUGCAGACGCACACUGGAGCCAAGAAGUUCAGCUGUGCGUUAUGCCCCAGAGUCUUUAUGCGCAAUGACCACCUGGCCAAGCACAUGCGCACACAUGAGUCCCCGCCAGGACACGGGGAAGAGAGGGUAAACGGAGAUGGCAGGAUGGAUAAGGGCUUUGAUGCAUCCACACCUCCGCAGUCAUCCUCAAAUGUGUCUGCACCUGAUGCCACAGAGCCACAGCUGAAGCUGAAAUGUGAGACAGACCCCUCAGUCUCCAGUGUGACAGGGCAGUCCGGCUAAUUUCAUCAGUCACCGUAGGUUUACCAUCUGUUCCCCUCUCUGUUACAGAAGUGUCAUAGUUUCAUGAUAGAAUAGAGAAAAGAAGAUAAGUUUGGACAAACUGAUGAAAGCUGGAUGGAAGUACACAUCUGUGAUCCUGUGAAUUUAUCAGUGAUAACCUAAAUUUUACAACACACAGAAAAAAAACAUGAAUUGUAUUGAUUCUGUGUACGAUACCUUCCUCUAUGUUUACCAAAGGUGAAAGAUGGCCAAAGAGGCAACGGAGCUGAAGCUGCUGCUUGUUGCUGGACAUCCAUUUGCUGCUAGAGCUAGAGCUGAACUGAAGGUGGCUUGUUAAUGUGUUUACAAUGAAAUCAAUCAAAUGUGUUACUAAAGGAGUGGGGGAAGUAUUUGUCUGCAACACAGUUUAACUCACCAGUUUCAAAGGCGGUGUGUCUUUGAGCAGAGAAAGCCAACAGUGAUAUUUUUUUUAGUUUCAGACUUUUGCCGUAUGAGUGUAGCCUACUGCACAAGCUGUGCAGUUGUGAUGAGACACUGGAAUAUAAAACAGCAUUUGCUAACUUUUAAAAGGUCACUAUUUGGAUGCCUGACAGUACAUGACACUACUGGGUGUGUAUAUACUGGUAUGUAAGUCAUUAAAAUGGUACAUAAACAAAAAGAAAGAACAACAGACAACAAUGCUAUGCCAUGGCAGUGUCCUAUGAUGCUCCACAAUGAGAGCUUAUGUGAUGUGAUACUGACGCUAUAAUAUAAUAUAAUAUAAUAUAAUAUAAUAUAAUAUAAUAUAAUAUAAUUAGAAAAUGGGUAUUCCAUGCACUACAAAGGCUAGUAUUUGCCAGAAAUGGUGUGUUCAUGGGGCCACAGCAGUUCUUUUUGAUUAAUGAGAAGGAUUGUACAGUAGGAUAAUGUGAACACUUGUUCAGGUUACCAGAUGGAACAAUGCAAAGAACCACUAAGUGCUACAAUGAUGUGAAAAAGGUUGAAAAAGGUCAACUCACAAAUCACUAUUAACUGAAUAAUGAAAAGUGGUCACAGCAGCUGUGAUAGUGCCUCCACUCCUGUCAGGUAAGAACAAGAAGAUGAAGCCGGACACAGAGAAAAUGUUGCCUGGUUUGAAUCCAGGUUUCUGUUGGGACAUGCUGAUGACAGCAGCCAUAUCUGGUAUAAACACAAUUCCACAGAUCUACCCUGUCAUCACAACAAGCUGCUGGCGUUGAAUGAAACUUCCAGCACAAAGCAGCACUUCAUUACAUCAUGGGUUCAGGAACGUUGUUUAAUCCAGUGCCCUGCACAGUCCCACAUUUAAAGCUGCACUAGCUAAUGCUUUUUUAAAACAAUGGAUUGAAUGACUGUGUAAUGUGAAAGGUGUUGGUUAUAGUGACAUUAUUAUCAUCCAACUCUGCUGUUCCCCUCAGUUGCACUUAGCGUAUUUGAGCUCAUUGUUUUGGUUCAGUCUCACGGCUCUCAUCAACCCUGUUUCCAGUAGGAAGCAAGCUGUACAAGUACAGAUAAUGCCAUUGUAGGCUAAAUGAAGCAACAACAGCAACAAACAGCAGACAGACAAAUUUAGUGACUAGCUGGUGAACACAGUAAAGCAUUUAACAGCUAAAGAGCCCAAUUAGUGAAGACCAAACAGUUUCCAAACACAUUUGUCAUUACUGUUCCAUAUGGUGAUAAUACGUCAAAUGUUAACUGUUCUCAUAUCAUAAAUGUGCAACACAAAGUCUUAAAGUAACUGACCUUAGAUUAAUGUCAUAAAAGGUUCAGACAACAGUUGUCUUACUUAUACUAUCCAAUUCAGGUGUACUUCAUUAAGUGGCUUCAUACAGUUCUUCCAUAUAUCAUCAGUUAAAUAACCAUUUGCAUGUUGGAUCAAGCUAUAAUCCAAAUCAUCAACAAAGAAUGUGUGAAGGGCUUAUCUCUCAACACAUUUUAUUAGCAGAUGUUGGUGUGUCUGAAGCUGCAGGCUUUCCAUGCUCAACAUUGACAAAUCAUUUUACAAAAAGUUUUGUUGUGACAUGACAACCAUUUGACUAGCAUUUGAUUAGCAUGCGGAGAAAGCCUGUGUUAGCGGUUUAGUAAAUGAAAUAAACUGUAUCUGAACAACACACACACCACAAUUGUUUAGGUUAUUUGUUCUGGAUAGUUACCUUUUGUAAUCAGUACUGUAUCAUCAAUAGUUCUGUAGCGAGCAGCUUUACAGUUUAAAACAAUAUUAGGAUGUAUGUAAACCAUCACAGACAUUAGGCUGACAUUUCUAUGUAUUAGGGAGCUUGCAUUACUGGAGGCUCACAAUUGUAUCUAUGUAUAGAAGAUAAGAAAUGGAAGAUAGUGCUUAAACAUCAGUCAGUUAUUAUAUAUUGACAAUUAUUAUUAAGUUGUGUUGAUGUUAUUAUAGAUAGGUUCAUUAUAUUUUCUUUUAUUAUGGUCAGUAGAACAGAAAGGACAACUUUUUAAUUAGUUGCUGUAGUAAGUGUUUCAGUUGUGGAGAGUGUAAUAAAAUAAGUUCAAAAACAUUUAAUAACUUAAGUAUCAUGGUGUAUCAUGGUAUAUUUAAUCUAUUAUUGUUCCUUAUUAAAUAAAAAACUAUAUUCUG